AUGGUCAAGCUAGGCAAAAACUCCAAGCGUGUGCCUGUCCGGUUGAGACACAAGAUCGAGAAGGCCGCUGUUGCAAAGCAGAAGAAGCAGAAGAAACUUGCAAAGAAGAACCCGGAAUGGCGGUCUAAGAUUAAGAAGGAUCCCGGUAUCCCUAAUCUGUUCCCGUUUAAGGACAAGCUUCUCCAUGAUAUCGAGGAAAAGAAGCGCAUGAAGGCGGAGGAGCAGGAGCGCAUCCGCGAGGAGGCCCGCGCCCGUCGAGCUGAGGCCAAGCAGGCUCAGAGUGGCAACCAAGGCGUGGAGAUCACAGAGGACGACCUGCUGGAUGAGGAUAUGGACGCGGAUGGUGAUGAAUCAAACCCCAUGGCGGCGCUUCUCGCAUCGGCGCGGGCGCGGGCUGUGGAAUACGAUGAGGAAAAUGGGAGCGAAGAUGAGCAGAUGGACGAAGAUGACGAUGAUGAGAUGGAUGAGGAUGAUGAUGAGGGUGGCGCCAUGCUUGACAUUGCCCCCGAGCUGGUCACCGGACAGAACUUCACCAAGGAGAGCUCACGGCGUCAAUUCGACAAGGUUUUCAAGCAAGUCACGGAAGCGGCCGAUGUGGUGCUCUACGUGCUCGAUGCACGCGACCCCGAGGGUACUCGGUCGAAGGAAAUCGAGCGGGAGAUUAUGGCUGCCGACGCCGGCAACAAGCGACUGAUCCUCAUUCUCAACAAGAUCGACCUUAUCCCGCCGCCUGUCCUCAAGGCUUGGCUGGUGCAUCUGCGCCGAUACUUCCCCACCCUGCCGUUGAAGGCUUCCAACGGCUCGGGCAAUGCUCACACCUUCGACCACAAGCAAUUGACCGUCAAGGGUACCUCAGAGACCCUCUUCCGCGCGCUCAAGGCGUACGCCAACGCCAAGCAGCUGAAGCGUUCCAUCUCCGUUGGUGUCAUCGGUUACCCGAACGUCGGCAAGUCGUCCGUGAUCAACGCCCUGACCGCACGUCUCAACAAGGGCUCCAGCAAUGCCUGCCCAACUGGUGCCGAGGCUGGCGUGACCACCAACCUGCGUGAUGUCAAGCUCGAUAACAAGCUGAAGCUGAUUGACUCGCCCGGAAUUGUUUUCCCCAGCGCCAAUGGUAAGACCUCCAAGAAGGCCAAGGAGAACGAGCAGGCCCGCCUGGUCCUGCUUAAUGCCAUUCCACCCAAGCAGAUCGAGGACCCUAUUCCUGCAGUCCAACUGCUGAUCAAGCGUCUCUCGUCCUCGGAAAACCUGAUUGCCAAGAUGCUCGAGGUGUACGGCAUCACGUCCCUCUUCCCCGGCAAUGGCGAUAAGACCACCGACUUCCUGAUCCAGGUGGCCCGCAAGCGUGGACGUCUGGGCAAGGGUGGCAUCCCGAACGUGCAGAGCGCUGCCAUGACAGUCAUCAACGACUGGCGCGAUGGCCGCAUCCAAGGCUGGGCCAAUGCCCCGGUGCUGCCUGUGGUUGCCCCGGCCCAGGCUGUCAGCGCUGCUACCACCGGCGCGGACACCACCCAGAUCGUCACAGAAUGGGCGAAGGAAUUCAAGAUCGAGGGUCUCUGGGGCAACGGCGAAGGUGAUGACGAGGAGAUGGCCGAGUAG